AUGAAGCCAGAUCGCUAUUGCUCGGUCCGUAGCGCCAGCGCAGAUACGUUCCGUGUAGGUAGGAUCCAAUAUCACUCUUCCGCUCCCCAAGCCUAUGGGAGCGUGAACACCCUAAGGACAUCUUGGUUUGACCGAAGCGGGAUCCCAACUCCUUCUCGACCAAAGAGGCCAAAUUCAUCGGGCGCUGUAUGGAGAACGCUCGGCGAAGGCCGCUUUGCGGUAUGGAUUACAACUCAAGCGCAAGAGGCAGACUCAACAGUCGCGCUAAAGCGGGAUGGCACGGCUUCCAUAUCUCCAUCGAUUGUUCCGGCGUCCAUUGUUCGAGUACGGCUGCUGGUGUCUCCCCGCAGGAUGGCCUACAACUUCUCCGAGGUGCGACUCGACUCGCCGGUGGCCGAUGUGGAGAGUAUCGCAAACUUCCGCGCGUUUCCGCUUCUUCUAGAGUCGACACUGAUGGGCGUCUUUACCGUGCAAACGGCCUUCCUCGUUCAACACCAAUGCCACCGUCUCAUGACGAGUUCUACAUUACCGGCUUAUCUGAGGUCAAGACCAAAGCCGCACACCAGGCUACUACUAGGUCUGACUGUAUGCUUGUAUCUCCUGGCCGUGGCAUGUUGGGCCCUCGACAUUGUUCUUCUACGCCAAGAUCUUCUCGACCUUUUACCCAACCAACUGUCCACCGAUCCCGACCCUGGUGUAUAUGCCACACUCGCCCAACUACGUGGAGAGGAGCAGUACGCACAGGCGGUUUUGCAGAUCGUGAUAUGGCUGAUCAGUGACUGUAUAACGCUGUGGAGAGCAUACGCCGUUCUCGGAAAGCCGCGGUGGCUGAGAUAUACCAUCUUCAUCUUACUGUUCCUUGAAUUUGCGGACUACGUGGUCUACAUUGUGCUAUACGUAUAUAUCUUUCCUCACCCUCCGCGCUUCAUCUCUUCCCUAUAUCAGUCGAGUGGCGGCCUCAUCGGCACUGCACCUUUCGCGGCGACAUCAGCCUUCACUGCCGCUGUGCAAGCUUUUGCUUCUUUCUUAAUCUUUUGCAAGGCCUGGAUGAUCCUGAAGAGUAGGCAAGGGUUGCCUUGUGGUCCUGGUCGAACGUUUAGAACUUUGUCUGUCUUCAUCGAGAGUGGUCUGGCGUACUCUGUACUUUGGAUUUGGUAUGCGAUUGGAUCCAACGACGAGAUUUCUAGCCAGAUGACAUCCGCAUGGAUGGACUCCUACGUGAUCCCUCUGACGGCUAUGUACCCGACGCUCGUCAUGAUGAUAGUGACCAUACAAGACUCGGCGCUGGCUAAAGCCGACCGUCUCUCCAGCAGGCCCGACGAGCGUGGCGACCAGAGUACAUCAAAUCUACAUGGCUCGCUCACGGUGGCCAAACCGCGGUCUUGGGAAUCGACGGAUGUCGCAUCGAAUGUCGCAUAUCAUCCCGCAAGGGUCCCGCCGUUGGACGCACUUCACUACGACUAUCCCUUUUCGAUGUUCACAACGUUGUCGCACUCUUUGUACCGAUACGCUGCUUCUUCAUUAGCCGGAAACCCUAGGUAUCCACCAAUGAACUGGUUCGCAACGGAGCAAUUCAUCCGUCUCUUAUCGUGA